AUGGUAACUGUCGUACGCUCACCUACUACGAGAGCAAGUAACUCGCAUACCCACGAUGACACCGUUCCAACGCGUCGCAUUAGAUUCGCACCACUCCCCGAGCCCACAGCUCAAGUCGACAAUGCAAAUCUUGUCAUGGACACCAACUCCAGCGCUCUGUCCUCAAACAUAGUCGACGUCCAACAUAACGCACCCUCAAACCUCAAACCAAAGUCAUCCCUUUCCCGCCAAUUCAACUUGUUCAAGCGGUCUUCCCCAGAUCCAUCUGACCUCGGCGCAUCACUCUCCCGAUCUGCAUCCAUCCCCCUCCCAUCUAAUAGCAAUCAACCAAGAUAUCUCUCCACAUCCAUCGGCUCAGAUGACGAUCACCAUACAAUGCCCCAAAACAGCUUCCUCAGCCCCUCCCGCUCCACCUCCCCCACAACGCGCCCAAGAAUCCCCGCAAAUGGCGUGCACAUGCUCAACGGACGCGUCUACGGUUCAAAGCGUCAACCGCUCACAAACCUCUUUGCUAACGUGCGCGAUGAACCCGAGUUUGUGGAAUGGGGGUACGGCGGUAUGGGCAGCAUCAGCAGCAGCAGCGAUUCAAAGUAUUCCGUCCUCGCAAAGGGUAGCCCUGCACUCCUUUCCCACAAUCAUGCCCAGGAAGUCGGCGAUGGUGCUGCGAGGGAAAGGAAAGAUAGUGUGGGUAAUUCUGAUUUCGCAGGAGGCGAUAGCGAUGAUGGGAGUGGUAUGGAAUGGGUUCGCAAACGGCGACAAAAGAGAGAACGGCUCGCGAGAGGCAAUACGUGCUAG